CUUCUGAGAGACUGCUUCACAUUUUCUGCACUUGUUUGGUAAGUUGAAAGCCUUGCCACCAUGCAGAGGACCGUGCACGCGCCUCUGCAGUUUUAUGAGAAGUUGGCCAGAGUGAUGAACUCGGACCAGGAAAGGCCGUUCGUGUGCAACGCUCCUGGCUGUUCUCAGCGAUUCCCCACAGAGGACCAUCUAAUGAUACAUCGACACAAACAUGAGAUGACCCUUAAGUUCCCCUCCAUAAAGAACGACAACAUGUUAUCAGACCAGACACCCACGCCAACACGUUUUUUAAAGAACUGUGAGGAGGUGGGCUUGUUCAGUGACCUGGACUGCUCAAUUGAGCAGGAAUUUUGCAAAGCCCAGGAAGAAGAGGACAGUAAACAGAACAUUUCACUGCAUGGCCAAGCAGGCCAAGGCCAGCACCAGCAGUCCCACUCACGGAUGGGCAAUCAUGAUACCAGCAUAGUGAUCCAGCAGGCCCUGCCCUCUCCUCAAUCCAGCUCUGUCAUAACUCAGGCUCCAUCAACAAAUAGACAGAUAGGGCCUGUACCUGGCUCGCUGUCCUCACUACUGCACCUACGAAACAGACAGAGGCAGCCUCUGCCAGCCUCCAUGCCUGGAACUCUGCCAGACCCGACCAUGCCUGGCUCCUCUGCUGUGUUGAUGCCUAUGGAGAGACAAAUGUCCAUGGGCUCCAAUAUGAUGGGCAUGCAAAGCCCCGCCCACAGCAGCUCUUGCUCCUCCACUCACAUUCCCUCCAUGCACUCGGAGGCCAAACUGAGGCUAAAGGCUGCACUUUCACACCACCCCGGUGCCAUCGCAAACGGCAACAUGAACUCCAUGGGCCACAUGAUGGAGAUGAUGUCAUCACGGCAGGACCAAGGCGCUCACCAUCACAUGCACUCGCACCCGCACCAGCACCUGCAAGCCCCUCCGCACGCAUACCAGCACCACGGACACCACCACCACAACCAGGGCCACGCUCAGGGUGGACACCAUCACCCGCAGGGACACAAUCCCCAUCACAACUCCCACAACCCCCAUCUUCAUCCUGGGCACCCACAUCAGACAUCACCGCACCCUCCGAUGCACUCUGCUUCACAGAUGUCACCUGCAACCCAGCAGAUGCAGCCCACGCAGACGUUGCAGUCUCCGCCACCCAGUGGUGGACGGCGCAGACGAGUAGUGGACGAGGAUCCGGAUGAACGUCGGCGAAAGUUUCUGGAGCGAAACAGAGCGGCUGCAACAAGAUGCAGACAGAAGCGAAAAGUUUGGGUGAUGUCAUUAGAGAAGAAGGCAGAGGAGCUCACACAGACCAACAUGCAGCUUCAGAAUGAAGUCACAAUGCUAAAGAACGAGGUGACACAGCUCAAGCAGCUUCUCCUCACACACAAGGACUGUCCCAUCACCACUAUGCAGAAAGAGUCCCAAGGUUACCUCAGUCCAGAGAGCAGUCCUGCAGGCAGUCCAGCCCCAGUGUGCUCCCAGCAGCAGGUCAUCCAGCACAACACCAUCACCACCUCCACUACGACUGUAGGGGGCAGCAGUGUGCACGGGCAGACCAACCACUGCACAGACAUUAACCCCAUCCACUAGGGACAAAGGAGACUGUAACCUCGGCUGCAGCCACAAAUUCCCCCUACCACCACCCAUGCUUUCUGAGGGUCGCCAGCUGCACGUGCUGCUCCUCAUUCUCCAUCAAGAAAAACCUCAAAGGCCUGUGAGGCUGUUCUUUAUACAGUAGCUACAGUAUCUAUUUUUAUAGACCAAUCCUAUUAACGCAUAAAACUUUUAUGGUUUUUUUGGCGCGUUUUUUUUAAUUCUGCUUUUUUGUGCUUAGUGGAAAGACAUUUUUGUUAAUCUCAUGCACCAUUUCAGUGACUUUUUCUGUUUUGUAUUGGUACAAAAUUGAUCACGAUGCUCAUGAAACUAGAGGACAGAGAUUCAUGCCUCAGACUGUCAUCUCUUAAAAAACAAAAAUACAGGUCUUACAUCUCUAUGUGCCCAGUGGACUGAAUAAAAAGUGACCAUAAGCUGCGUAAGCUUGCAGCAAUGUGGAAGACACUGACAAAUCUGAGGGGACGUCGCUGCGUUUUAUUUGUUGUUUAAAGUCAGACUUUGGACACGGAUGUCUUGAAGACAGGAAUAUGCAAGCCGGUGUAAUGACCCUUUUUCUUUUUUCCAAGAAACAUAUAUGACUGUUAACAAUCUUCCCUGUCGGCAGUAUUCUUUAAAAACAAGCAAACCAACAAAAAAAGCUUUAUAAUAUACAGCGUGACAGUGAAAAUACCAUAUGCUCAGACAGAAGCAAUACAUCACAGUGUUGAUCAUCUUUUUUCUACUGUACGCCCACAUUAAUGAUCAGAAUGGCCAAGGACAUUUGAUGCUGUUGCAGCAACAGAACUGUACACUGUGAUACCAGUGAGGCAGCUCAGCAGCGGAGACCAGCGUCCUCCGCUCUCCAGGACCAACUGAAGCUUUUUAAUCGUUGAGGCCUCUUGUUGUGUGUGUGUGUUGUGCAUUCAGACCAAAAUGAAAUAACAUUUGAUUGAGUAUGUGAAUAUUGUUAUAUAUAUAUUUGUGUUUUGUCCCUCUUUCCUGCUGCAGAACAAAGUUCGACUUGUAUUAAGAAAGAAAAGUAUGUGAGAAAAUAUAUAUCUGUUUAUCUUUUUUUUCCUUUUUCUUUUCACCACCACAACUUGCAAUUCCUGAAGAAGAGCAGCUCGUGUUUGUGCUUUCCAAGAUAUCACAAUGUGCCUGAAUCUUCCUUAAAAAGCUUUGCUGGCUUAUUAUAUUUAAUAGCUUCUUUUUAAUCACCGUAAUUAUCUCUGCUUUUUCUUUUGUUUUUCUAUGAAUCUUUGUUAUGGGCUUUCUUACAGAUGUCUGUUACACCUAAGGCCAAAUCUCCUGAGUUUCUUACAGGCGAACUUUUCUACAUCCAUCUCCUUUAGGCCGCAGCGCCUCUUUAUUUCCACUUCCAUAUGACCAGGAAUGUCAGUUCAUGAGCAUGAUGACCAUAAUGCACUGUGUUUUUACAGUAGGAUGGAUGAAAUACUUUCCACGCACAGGUGGAGCGAUCGCAGAGCUGUCUAUGCACUUUGUCCUCUGUUAUGACGGAGGGUAGAAUAGCCAUAUUAAGGUCAGAGGUAAUUCUCAGUGAUCCCCCCCCCAAAAGCCUUCCUCCCUGUCUUCACACACCAGCGAGAACCUGUAACUAUGUUUGGCUUUAUAGAGAAAGUGUGCCUGGCUUGUUUCACAUGCCCAUAAAAAGAAUAAUGGAACCUGCUGCAUUGCGGGGAACGAUUAAGGACCCGAUAGCGUUGAAUUUGUUCUUUCCCGUUUAAUUGAAAAAUAUCUUUUCCCAUAACGGACCACAAGGUGGUUUUUGUGAAGGCAUUUGAUGUAUUCAUGUUGUUUCUUACCCUUAAAAUUUUUGUGUGCUGUUUAGUGUGUGUGAGAGACGAAUAUUGAGUGAUGAGUCUUAGAAAAUCCUUUGUAAAAGGGCUUUGUUGCACCGACCCUCUGAACUGAAGCUUGCCUUAAUUUUGGCUGUUUUUAAAACCCUGUUUAGAUCAGACCAUUCCAAAUUAACCUCAUGCAUGUGAAAGUAUGUUUAUGACCUCAUCGCGCUUUCAACUGGAAUUAUUAGGAGUUUUCAUUUUUGAUAGUGGAUCCAUGUUCAUAAUAAAAAUGCAUUUGUUACUAUAUAGGCAUACAAAAAAAAGGAGCUAUGGAAGUACAGUGUGAGUGUGUCUGUGUGUGAGCGGUGGAGAACAAUUCCUGCAUAUUAAUGAUGUUGUAAUUGUAUUAUUUUAAGUCUAAAAGUAUAAAUAUUGUACAUAAUAUUAAUUUCUAUAACCCUGUACAUGUAAUGCAACCACCUUUCUUUUAGAAGGGAGAAUAAACGUGUGGUACGUUUGUAAAUAAUGUUUGCACUUGUUGCCUUUCGCUGUACGUCGAGGCUCACCCCAGCGCUUAAGUACAUGGUUGAUAUGUAACGAACGGAUGGGAUCCAUUCCUGCCUGCAUAUCCUUGUACAUUUUUUUUGGGGUUUUUUGGUCCGUAAUUACAUUGUCUCCAUUUUAUUUUGCAUUUGUACAGAUGUUAAAGUAUCACUGCAGUUACAUUACGGUAUGAAAAUAAAGCACUUGUUCUGUAACAUU